AGCGCACAGUGCUGCGCAAACACCGGCCAUCCAAGAAGAAGCAGCAGAAGGACGCCAAGCGCCAUCGCAUUUACGUGGAGGCCGAGAAGGCUAAGCUACUUAAGAGUGGGCUGAUUACCAAGGAGGACAUUGAGAACAUGGAGGCUGAGAAGGGCGACGACGAGGCAGACACCGCCAUGGACGUGGAGGAGUAA